GUGUUAGAUUUAGAUUAACUUUUGGAGUAAACUAACAUAGGCCUAACACAUCUGGUAGUCUGGUAGCCUAAUAAAUUCAAUGUAGGUUUCCCGUGUUAAAAUAUCCUCUAUGGAAAACCCCGUCGUGGAGUGGGAAGAGUGGUGCAUACAGUACCAACAUACAACCCUCACUGAGCGCACGAAGUCGGGUGAGCCCUGGCAGUUUAGAGAAACAACCUCAAACAGGCUACCGAAAUCAGAAAAGUUACUAAACUGAAGUUGAACGUUUGGAUUUCGGACUCUGCCAUAUCACACAUACGAAAGAAAACUAUGCCAAAGUGGAAAUAAUAUUUAAUCACAGAUGAAUUCUGCUAAAACUUCAGCGUUUAGUCUUGGAUUUACGAAGCUCACUCGGAUCCAAGAAGAGCCCAGUUAUGUGAACGAUCUCGUAGGCAACCAGCAUAAUGUGACCGGGAGGUUUGAUAUGAGCUAUCAAUAAAUUAUCGUAUUUGUGUAGAGAAAUAGCAAUCGUCCCGCACGGAGUUAUUCGGUGACUGGCUCUCACCAAAGACUACCCCAGCGCAGCGGACAGGCACAGAGAAGAGAGAGCGAGCGAGACGGCGUGGAAGGCUAUUUCAACAGAAAAAGGAAACAGAACAUCUAUGAAAACAGAACAGAACAUCUAUGAAAAUACUCAUUAUUUAGAUUGAAUACUAUUCGUUUCCGUCCUCUGCUGCUUUGGAAUGAUGCCUGCGCAUUCUGUGGGUAUUUACUUUCUACUCGGAUUCAUUCACAUUUGUUCAGGAUCUCGUCUGCGUCAGGAUGACUCCCCUCCUCGGAUCGUGGAGCACCCCUCUGACCUCAUCGUGUCCAAGGGGGAGCCGGCCACCCUCAACUGCAAGGCGGAGGGGCGUCCCGCCCCCACGGUGGAGUGGUACAAGGACGGGGAGCGGGUGGAGACAGACCGGGACAACCCCCGUUCCCACCGCAUGCUGCUGCCCAGCGGCUCCCUCUUCUUCCUGCGCAUCGUCCAUGGCCGACGCAGCAAGCCAGACGACGGCAGCUACGUGUGUGUGGCCCGUAACUACCUGGGCCAGGCCAUUAGCCACAACGCCUCACUGGAAGUAGCCAUACUGCGUGAUGACUUUAGACAGAACCCAGCGGAUGUGAUGGUGGCGGCGGGGGAACCUGCCGUACUGGAGUGCCAACCCCCCCGUGGGCAUCCUGAGCCCACCAUCUCAUGGAGGAAAGACGGUACCAACAUCAAUGACAGGGAUGAGCGCAUCACGAUCCGCAGUGGGAAGCUGAUGAUCACCAACGCCAGGAAGAGUGACGCAGGGAAAUACAUUUGUGUGGGGACCAAUAUGGUGGGAGAGAGGGAGAGCGAGACUGCAGAACUGACUGUUCUAGAGCGCCCAGGGUUUGUGAAGAGGCCCAGUAGUGUUAUGGUGCUGGCAGAUGAGAGUGUGGAGUUCCACUGUGAGGCACAGGGAGAUCCGGUCCCCACUGUCCGCUGGAGGAAAGAGGAUGCAGACCUACCCAAGGGGAGGUAUGAGAUCCUAGAGGACCACACCCUGAGCGUACGAGAUGUAAGACUGUCAGACGAGGGCUCCUACACAUGUGUUGUGGAGAACAUGGUGGGAAAGGCUGAGGCAUCCGCUACACUGACUGUACACGUGCCCCCAGCGUUCGCCAUGCGCCCCAGAAACCAGGUGGUGGCGGUGGGGAGAACGAUCACCUUCCAGUGUGAGGCCACUGGCAACCCCCAACCUGCUAUCUUCUGGCAGAGGGAGGGCAGCAAUAGCCUGCUAUUCUCCUACCAGCCCCCUCAGCCCUUCAGCCGUCUCUCUGUGUCCCAGACUGGCAGUCUGACCAUCGCAGAUGCCCAGCGCUCUGACGCCGGGUACUACAGCUGUCAGGCCCUCAACAUCGCUGGCUCCGUCAUCACCAAGGCCCUGCUGGAGGUCACUGACAUGGUGUCGGACCGCCCCCCUCCCGUGAUCCGACAGGGCCCGUCCAAUCAUACGGUACCUGUGGAGAGCACAGUGGUCCUGGGUUGCCAAGCAACAGGGACACCCACACCAACAGUUCACUGGAAGAAAGACGGGGUGAUGGUGUCCCCCGAGGAGGCCCGCAUCACCCAGAUAGACACAGGAGCCCUGCAGAUCCGCUACACUAAGCUUGGAGAUACAGGCGUCUACACAUGCGUGGCGUCCAGCCCCAGUGGAGAGGCAUCCUGGAGGGCUUACCUGGAGGUGGAAGAGUUCGGAGUAGUAGUCCAGCCAGGUCGACCCACAGACCCUAACCUGAUCCCCAGCGGCCCAUCCAAGCCUGACGUGACUGACGUGAGCCGCACCUCAGUCACUCUGUCCUGGAAAUCCAACCCAAAUGCUGGGGCCACGCCCACCUCCUAUGUCAUCGAAGCAUUCAGUCACGCGUCGGGGAGUAGCUGGGUGACUCUGGCUGACCACGUGAAGAUGGAGACCUUUGUCCUGAAGAACCUCAAGCCAGGUGCAGUUUACCUGUUUCUGGUGAGAGCAGCCAACGCCUACGGCCUCAGUGACCCCAGCCCCAUCACUGAUGCAGUCAGGACACAAGACACCCCUCCCACCAGCCAGGGGGUAGACCAUCGUCAGAUCCAGAGGGAGCUGGGGGAUGUGGUGAUCCAUCUCCACAACCCCACCAUCCUCUCUUCCUCUUCUGUCAGGGUGCAGUGGACGGUGGAGCAGCAGUCUCCAUACAUCCAGGGUUACAAGGUGAUGUACAGGGCGUCUGCAGAGCUGGGCCAGCCGGGGGGGCAGUGGGGCGUGUUCGAGGUGCGGAACCCUGGAGAGGACGGUGCUGUGGUGCCUCAGCUGAAGAAGGGGGUCACCUACGAGUUCAAAGUGCGUCCCUUCUUUGAUGAGUUCCAGGGAGCGGACAGCGAAGUGAAGGUGGCCAGGACGCCUGAGGAAGCUCCCAGUGGAGCCCCCCGAGGUGUUACCAUCACGAAGAGUGAUGCCAAUGGGACCGCCAUCCUGGUCGCUUGGCAACCGCCUCCUGAGGAUGAACAGAAUGGAAUGGUACAGGAGUACAAGAUCUGGUGCCUGGGCAAUGAGAGCCGUUACCACGUCAACCGGACAGUAGAUGGCUCCACCUUCUCCGUGCUAAUCCCCAGCCUGGCGCCAGGGAUACGCUACAGUGUGGAGGUCGCCGCUAGCAACGGUGCUGGCCCAGGGGUCAAGAGUGAUGUCACCUUCUUUCAACUUGACUCUACAGGUCAGAUGAUGGACAGUCGUGAGGACCAGGACACAUUGUCUCAGAUCUCAGACGUGGUCAAACAGCCGGCGUUCAUCGCGGGCAUCGGUGCUACCUGCUGGGUGGUCCUCAUGGUGUUCAGUGUGUGGCUCUACCGCCACCACAAAAAGAGGAGUGGCCUCAGCAGCAGCUACGCCGGCAUACGCAAAGUUCCAUCUUUCACCUUCACUCCUACAGUGAACUAUCAGAGAGGAGGAGAGUCGGUCUGCAGUGCUGGGAGACCCGGGCUGCUGAACAUGGGUGAGAGUGUGAACCAGCCGUGGCUGCCAGACUCCUGGCCCAACGCCUGUGCCAACCACAAAGACUGCAGCAUCAACUGCUGCAACACUGGAAACGGCACCAGCGACAGCAACAUGACCACCUACAGCCGCCCAGCUGACUGCAUCGCCAACUAUGGCAGCCAGUUGGAGAACCAGCAGGGGGGUCUAUUGGGGUCUGAACAGGCCGUGUACAGCGACGUGGACCUCUCCAACAAACUCAAUGAGCUCAAGACCUUCAACAACCCCAGCCUGUGCUACAUGGGCCCAGGGGCAGGGCCGCCCACCCCCUAUGAGCCCACCCCCUACGCCACCACCCAGCUCAUCCAGUCUAGCAUCCUUAACAAGGCUGGAGCUGCAGGGGCCGCUGAUAUACGCUGUUGGAACCAGCCCCCGUCCCAGCUGCAGAAAGCACAUAUGCAGUACAACAUCAUGGAGCAGAGCAACAGGCUCAAUAAAGACCACUAUAGAGGAGAUGGGCCUCUGCAAGGCACCGUCCCGUACAACCAGGCCCAUGAACACAACACAGGAGGCUCCCUCCACAGCUCUGACAAGGGCAGCAACAGCACCUCUGGGAGCCAAAGUCAUAAGAAGGGAACUCGCACCCCCAAACUGCCCAAAACGAACACAGUGACCCGGGGUGAACCUCUGCCCCCUUCCCCUGCCAACCCACCACCAAGCCGGAGCUGUGACGAAUAUACCCUGCCCAUGGAAAAAAGCUUUAACCCAGAUGCCCUAUGCCCAAUGCUUCCCUCAACGAUGUACCUGCAUCCAGAUGAGAUGGAGGAGGAGGUGGCGGAGGAGGGGAUGGAUAGAUGUCCCACCCCCCCUGUCAGAGGGGCAGCCUCAUCCCCUGAGGGUCUGUCCUACAGUCACCAGUCUACGGCAACUCUCACCCCCUCCCCCCAGGGAGACCAGCACAACGGCCUACACAAUGGAACAGACCACCACAGACAACACGUGGGCAGCCCCCCUCCUUCCCCGCUCCCCCUCUCCCCCCCACACACCUACGGCUACAUCUCCAGCCCCCUGGAACUGGAUACUGAUGGCCAGGAGGAAGAGGGGGAGGAGGAUGAAGAAGAGGCAGGGGAUGAGAUGAAUGCAGACAUGGCCCAGAGUCACUACCACCAGCACCAAAAUAACCACCAGCCCCACCAGCAACUGCGCCUCAACCAGCACCCCCGUUCCCCACGCAGGCUGCACCUCCGGGGGCUAGAGCAGACGCCGGCCUCCAGCACGGGGGAUCUGGAGAGUUCCGUGACGGGCUCCAUGAUUAACGGCUGGGGCUCGGCCUCAGAGGAUGACAACGGCUCAUCAGGACGCUCCAGCGCCGUCAGCUCCUCAGACGGAUCCUUCUUCACAGACGCAGACUUCGCCCAGGCUGUGGCCAACACUGGAGACUACACAGCAGGCCUACGCAUGGCCAGGUUCCCGGAGGACACAGGACCAGCAGGACGAAGGCACCAGCGACCCAGCAGCCCACUGUCCACAGACAGCAACAUGAGCUCUGCAGUGAUGCAGAAGAGACCGCCCAAGAGGCACAAGCAGCACCAGGCCCAGGUUGGCCACCAAGGUCACCUGAAGAGGAACGACUUCACAGACGACUCAUGCAUGCCCUUGAAGUCCCCUAGUCACAUGUCGCGGUGUGGCUAUGAGGUGAGAGGUGCUACGCUCCCGAGGAUUGGCUCUGGGGAGGGUCGGGGCCGGAGAGGGAGUGCAGGAGGCCAGAAGACCAGAGAGGGCUCUGUAGAGAGACGGGAGGGCCAGGACAAGAACAGGACUCCACAGGGAGGCAAGGGGAGCAGCAAAGCCCGUCAGCCACCAGGUUCUGAGGACAUCCCCCCGUACAGCAGGCCCUCCUUCCCCUCGGUGCAGAGCCAGGCUCAGAGCUCCUCCAGCUCCAUGUCCUCCCGGGGCUCAGGGGGAAGGAGGAGAGAUGGGGCCCGCAGGAACCCCACAGACACACUGCCCAGCAUCACAGGCUUCCAGACCCAGGAAGAGGAGCUAGAGCUUCUGGAGAGCUGAGGAUCAUGGGAGAAGAAAAGGAAAGGGGAUCUGACAUCACAAUUCAGUGACUAUUAUGUAAAUUAAUUUUCAUAUCAUACACAAAAAAAAAAAACGGAACAAUAUUGAAUAUUUGUUUUUCUUAUUACAAUUUCUCAUUAGAUGUCCAUCUUCCAGGAAAAAAGAAAGUGAGAAAAAAGGUGCAUUCGCGUUUGAGUCUGUUAACUCACUGGUAUGAAGCACCAUUAGAUCAUUGUUUACUUGACUUGUUGCUAGAGAACUGGCUUCCAUUCGCCUCGAUGAAAGUAGUCACAGCCUCAAUGAAAGUACAUGCACAUUAGAUGGCUGUUGUCAGUGUAUACAGAUACCUUGUCUUGGACCACCUGAUGUGGUACAUGUCUGUUGCCCCUGUAAUUAAUAUUUGGACAUCACUAUCCAUCUUGUAAAUUGUUUGUUAAUUUUACUGCCACAAAAAUUGCUACAAUGGGAAUUUUACAUUUGUUUUUAAUGUAUUUUUGUAAUGCACUGUUAUUGUUUUGUUAUUGAUGUUGGUCUUGUCGAUGUGCAUUAUUUGUUCUACUUUGGUUUCAAAAGCACAAUCACUUAACUUUAUUUUAAACUAUUGUUAUCUAUGACCUUCCGUCAUACAAGAGGAACAAUGAUACAAAUGAUCUUGUUAAUCGUUGUCUAUAUACACGAUUGAACCAGUGUUAUGUGUCUUAAUAUUCUGUUUCUGUUAGGGGUUGGGAGGGGAACUUAACUCUCCUGUCUAGUUUAGGUUUCAUUCAAACCACAGUGUUCAUUUGGACUCAAACUUUAUUAUGACACAAACUACUGUGUUAAUCGGACUAUACUCUCAUGUCUAAAAUUGCACUUAUGAGGAAGUGAGAGAGACAGUAGACAAGUUGACGGAUACAUUGUACCAAUAGGGAAGGGUGAGAAUGCCCCAUUAGUAGGGAACGUUGAUGGAUACAUCCUGGAAAAUGGAUUUCUCCAUGCCUGAUGAUGGAUAGCGUUUUCUCCAUGAGCAACCAGUACACAGUGACACAUCCACCAUUGUUUCCCAGCAAGACAGAGGGCAGGGGAAAGUGACAUUAAUACGUACCCUAAAGAAGGACUCUAUUACAGAAAGAGGACAACUGGUGACAAAAGACUGGGACUUGAAAAUCAUGUUGCUUGGCAAUGGAACAGCAUGUUGGGUUUAGGUUCUUUAUGGCUACAUCUAGGCCAAGCUUUUGGUACAUCUACAAAAUGUGUAAAACAUUGUUCGCUGAGGACACCUGACAUUUGUUUGGAGUUUGCCAUGUUUUAAAGAAUUGCAACUAUGUUCAUGAUGUCAGCCAUGUUAUGUCAGCCAUGUUAUGUCAUUACUGAGUAUGUUAUAAAUGGGGAUUAAAAAAAAUAUUGUCAUUUUUACCACAUUAUUUAUUAUUAAAAUGUCUUCAAAUGA